UGCGACAAGUAAUUUUGGGAUACAGGGCACAUAAGUGAGUAUUUCUCCUGGGCUUGAUCAACUGUGGGCAGAUUUGGUCGCCUGUGAUGAAAGUGUGGUCAUGACAGGCGGUAGACAAUCUCAUUCCCACCCUCUUAGGGCAUAUGCCAGGGCUCCGACAAUGAAAGGUCCAGGUCGCAAGGUCCCUUGGGAUAGCACAUGUCUCCUCGACUGCAGCUCCGCGAUAUGCGGUGGUCAGGUCCAACUUUUGCGGCGCGACUUCUGCAUGUUUACGUGGCAGCAGAGUUCCGCACCGUCCUGGCUUGUCCCUAGGUGGGUGAGAAAGGAGUUCCUGGAAAGAUCUCGCACGAUGAGAACUUCGACGAGAACUGCCACGAGGCCAAUGAACACGAGCUUAAAUGCUCAGACGCUGCCACAAUGACCACCAGGUCACAGAGGACUGCGGCAGUGCCUUGAUGCUUACCUUUGCUCCAAUUUCACGGAUCAUUCCUUGUCAGACUGUGGAUACUCGUAUCUGGUAGAGCACUGUGGAUGACACAAGAAGUUAUGAGCAACCGGUCUACGCAUGCCCAUCACAAAAGAUCGCUUUCAGCCAAUGGCACUGACUCUCACGGUGGAAGUCAAUCAGUUUGUUGUGCGCCUCGUCAUCCUGGCGCGACUGUGUUUUGCAGUGAUUGGUGCCAAAGCUGGGAGAAAGGGCCUAUAACGGUCACAAGAGACACUCCUCAUCGUGCAUAGCACUUAAGCAUCGCAAAAGAAGUCAUCGAGCAAUCGGAUCCUCGUCCCGUAUUCAGACGUUGAGAGAAUCGUCGAUGUAGAAGCGUCGAGGAUAUUUCAAGGCAAACUGCCCGGAGCUUGACAAAACAGGAUAUCUUUUCGCACUCAAGACAGUAUCCGGGACUCCACUGGUUCGUUCGCGUUUCUGCAAGUCAUCGCCCAUCCACAAACCGAGCGCUUGGGUGAAGCAAAAGUCCCAUCAUCAUCAGACCCAGAUAUCUUACCCGAUUGGCCACAAAGAGAGCCGUCUUCCGAGGCAGAGAGCGCCAACGAACUCUGGUUCGUGAUUGUGCCGGCAGCUUGGCCUUUGCCUAGAACAUGUGGCAGCCAAUGCUUGUUCCAUGGUCCUCGACGUUGAGAAAUGAUGACAUACUCCUUCAACGGACUGGCGCAAAUCCGGUCUGGAGCCGUGGUCGGAAAGUCACGACAGCUCUGGAGCGACUUCUUCAGGAGACUGAUCUCCUUCAGCUCAAGUAUGGCACUUUGAUUGGAGGAUAUAAUGCGGUCUUUUGAGACAAACUGUAGCUGCUUGAAAGCAAAUUCGGCCGAUACAGUCCAUUGGCAUGCAAGGGAAUGGCGCGCGCGCUGGCAACGUGGUCGACGCAGGGCACAUAGACGAUAGAUCUCCUCACCCAGUCAGGCAAUCGAGCAACCAUAGCGCCCGAUUCAGUCCAGGAAGUGAUGCAAGAUAUGCGAAUGAUGGUGCCGCGCGCUCAAGGUUGGGAUAUCUGCAAUCCCGCAUCUGGCCAGUCAGCCUGAUGUUUUGGUGUGAAGCUGCAACGAAUCAGAAAAUCAAAAAGCACAUAGCGGUUAGGAAUUGUGUCAUGGCAACAAGCAAGCAAAGCAACAAAGCCGGCCAGGUGGUCAGCGGCUUGUCGACAAGAUAGAUAAAAUCCAUGCCUCUGCAUCAGGUGUCUGCAGAUAUGCAUGUGGUGCCA